ACCGACUUCCCACCGCCGCCACCCCCAUAUAUCUUCACCGCCGCAACCACCUCAACCUCCCCGUCGUCGUCUCCUCCUCCCAGCCAUCUUCCUUCACCACCAGAUUGCCCUCAGAAACAAUGGCUCGGGGAAACCGCCGGGAACGCCGGUCAAACCCUGCUCUGCCCCCCGCUUCCUCUCUCGGCCAGCAGCUGGACCCGGCGGCCGCGCUCGCCGCGUACGAGCACGUGAGACGGGGAACGCACGCCAAGGCUCUCCGGAUCCUGCAAAAGGAAAUCGACAAGCUCGGCGGCCUGGACUCGUCGCCGCCGUUCCUCAUCCACGCCUACAGCACGGCGCACAAGGGGGCGGCCGACGUCUCCGCCGACAGGAAGAUCCGGGCGCGCCACUUCAGGGCCGCGGCCGAGGCCUCCAGGCGCGCCACCGAGGCCGCGCCGGGCUCGGCCGUGCUCGCCCACUCCUACGCCAUGGUACUUCUCGGGGCCUGCAGGGACAUGGACGAGGACGACGCCUUGGCCACCUACGAGACCAUCAUCGCCGAGUGCGAGCGCGCGAUCCACAUCCAGGAACCCUCCGAGCCCACGCUCUACCACCUCCUUCCCGCCGACUCUGACCGUCAUACUACCGCCGGCGAGGCGCUUCUUGCCGACCUGCGCGAGCUGCAGCACCUCGUCUCUACGGAUUUGCACAGGAUGAGGAGAUACAAUGAAAUCAAGCUCAAUGUUGCUGAAUAUCUAAGGCAGCAGCAGCACACUUCUGCCGCCGACGCCGCCGCCGACGUGCCCGCCACCUCUCUAGCUGGACCCUGUGCUGAUCAGAGCCUCGAACAAUCCUGUGAGGUUACAGAAGAUUCCGGAAAAUGCAAAGCUCAGUGCAUUGUUCCCCAGGUCAGUGCAGACAUGGAGAAAUCUCAGAAAAUUCAGACUCCUCUUGAUUCUGAUGAAUUUGGCUGGAAUUUGUCAACAUCGGAUGCACACCCAAAUAAGCAAGAGGAAGAAACCCCAGCAGACGUAACUGUGGAGUAUCAUGUAAGGACAAACGAUGAGCCAAAUCCGAAGCAGUUUGCAGAACAACCGACAAGUACAUCAACACCUUCUGAAUUUGGCAACGGCACAAUCCCAUCAGAUAAUGUACAGAUCCAGGAUGAUGACGAUUAUGACAGAUGUUUCCUAGAAGAUUUGUGCAAAAGCACUGCACUCAUUUCAAUUGCGGAAGAAGUCCAUGGGUCUUGUCUGAAAAGUAGUGAUGAUGACAAGAAUUGUCUGCUGAAUGUGAUUAUCCAGUCACUAUGGCAUUUAAGGGGAUUCCGAGAUGAGUUGCUUAAAACAUCACUACGCCAUAAACAUGUUGGAGAUCCUCGUGUUGUCUCGUGUGUUGUAUGUUCAUUAUGUCAUAUUUUUAUUGAGUCGGGCAAAGCAUCCAAGGGGAUAGGAGAGGCUGUUGCACCUACUUCAUUGAGGAUGGCUUUGAGCACCUCGUCUCUUACCGAGACACUCUUUCAGAUGGAACAAAUGAAUGAUGCAUCUGAGGUAUUGGAGGCAAUAUUAAGAUGUGUGCAUGAUUCAUACACUAAUGUUGUUGACUGUCAUGCCAAAUCUCAUGAAAAUAAUCUUGGUGGAUCAUGGGACUGUGCAAAGAGCGAUUGCAUAGCACACAAUAUAUUCGGAGCGGACGUCUAUACAAGGAUAAACUGUUCCAAUUGCAGGUUGGGAUCAAGACAACUUAAACGCACAUUAUUUCUCCACCAUAUCAAUACUGGUUCACUUCAGCGUGCAAUGAGGAUGUGCCCAGACAAUACAUUUGAUGAUCUAUUGAAGACUGUGAUAAUGGAUGGUCACAUAACUUGUGAUCCUGAUGUUGGUGGAUGUGGAAAAUCAAAUCAUAUAAACCACACUCUUUCUUGUUCCCCUCAUGUUUUUACAGUUGUUCUGGAAUGGCGCACUGGAAACGGGAGUGUGAGUGACACACUACUAUCUGAUAUUUUGGCUGCUAUUGGGACCGAAAUAGACAUAAGUGUUAUCUACCCUGGUACAAGUCCACGAAGCAAACACUCCCUCGUGUCAGUGGCUUGCUUCUACAACCAGCGCUAUAUCUGUUUUGCUGUCGACAGCGGGCAGUGGGUCCUGUAUGAUGACCAGACUGCUAAGGUUGUUGGUGAUUGGAUUCAGGUGCUCAUGAUGUGCGAGGAAAAGGAAAUGCAGCCUCUUGUUCUUUUCUUUGAAGGUGCAAAUUGAUUGUUCUUCUGUCCAAAAAAGUUUAGGGUAGUGGUUGCGAGCGUUGCCCACGAAAUUGGUCUCAAGGAAGUAUGCACGGACUUGCCGAUUUUGGGUAGAAUGUCAGGAUGCUCUCAAUUUUUAGCCAGUUUGUUAAAUGUCUCUUUUAAGGUUUAUGGUGGGGGAUUGCUGGAUGCUUACAAGUUAUAAAUUAAAUUAAUUCUCAGCU